AGAUUCGAUACGGGAGUAGGUGGCUUGGUCUUCGCCGACCAAUUUUUACAAAUCUCCACCAAACUACCUUCUACUAGUAUUUAUGGUUUUGGAGAAAAUCUUCAUCAUUCCUUCCGCCAUGAUCUGAGUUUUGAAACCUGGUCAAUGUUUUCAAGAGACCAACCAACAAAACAUCUUAAUCACUACGGUGUCCACCCAUUUUAUGUUGGAAUGGAAGACGAUGGUAAAGCUCACGGUGUUUUAUUGUUGAACAGCAAUGCCCAAGAUUAUUCGUUUACACCCCUUCCAAUGCUUACAUACAGAACGAUAGGUGGGAUUUUAGAUUUCUAUAUUUUCAUGGGACCAACACCAGAGAAUGUCAUACAGCAAUACACUAAAGCUAUUGGUCGUCCUAUGAUGCCACCUUAUUGGUCUCUGGGAUUUCAACUGUGUCGCUAUGGUUAUGACAGUCUAGAUAAUUUGAAAGCUGCCGUUGACAGAACAAAAGCUGGUGACAUACCACACGAUGUACAAUAUGCUGAUAUAGAUCAUUAUGAUAACAAUAAAAUAUUCACUGUUGAUCAAGAAAAAUUUGGCGGGUUAUCGGAAUAUUUCAGUCAGUUACGUGCAGAGGGCAUGAGUACCAUAAUCAUUUUGGACCCAUGUAUCGUAUCGAACGAAACAAAUUAUCAACCCUAUGAUGAUAUUCGUCAGAUUAGUGGAUCUAUUAUGUGGCCUGAUAACUUCAACAUUCCAGAUGGUAGCGCUGAUACAGAUAAAGCUAUGUUUGGCUAUGUUUGGCCUCAAGGAAAAGUUGUUUUUCCUGAUUAUUUUAAAACAGAAACCAGCAAGCUGUGGAAGAAAUGGAUCAAAGAUUACCAUAAGAAGCUCGUCUUUGAUGGACUUUGGAUUAGACCAUGGAACUGGCCUGAAAAGGACAAACCAUACUGGAGCUUAAAAUGUGGCAAUAAUACAUGGGACGAUCCCCCAUAUAGAACAACUCGACUAUCGGAUAAGACAUUGUGUCUUGUUGGUCGACAGGGUGAUCGAGGGCAAUACAGUCACUAUGAUGUCCAUUCUUUAUAUGGGUGGAGCCAAACCAUGCCGACAUUUGAUGGAUUACAAGAAGCUACGGGAGAAAGGGGUAUCGUAGUGACCAGAUCAACAUUUGUAGGAAGUGGUCAACAUUCUGGACAUUGGCUAGGAGAUAAUAAAAGUACAUGGGAAGAUCUCAGACUUUCAAUUAUUGGAAUGCUGGAGUUUAAUUUGUUUGGAAUUCCAUAUGUUGGUGCUGAUAUCUGUGGAUAUUUUGAAGAUACAAAUGUGGAACUGUGUAAAAGAUGGAUGCAGUUGGGAGCCUUCUAUCCCUACAGUAGAAAUCAUAAUGGCAAAGGAUAUAUUGAUCAAGAUCCUGGAGCAUUAGGCGAAGAAGUAGUCAUAGCAUCAAGGGAAGCUUUAAGGACUCGUUAUCAACUAUUACCCUAUCUGUAUACAUUGUUUCAUCAAGCUCAUGUUGACGGUAAUACAGUAGUCCGCCCUCUUCAUCACGAAUUUCCAGACGAUAAGAAAACUUAUGGUAUCCAAGAACAGUUUAUGUGGGGACGAUCUCUUUUGAUAUCACCAAUUCUUUAUCCUAACCAAACUAAACUGAAGAUGUAUAAACCAAAUGGUGUGUGGUAUGAUUUUUAUUCUAAAACAGCUGUAUCUGGACCAACUACUGGCCUAUAUAAAACAUUAGAUAUAAGUUCCGAUUCAAAAAUACCACUACAUAUCCGGGCUGGUUCAAUCCUGUGUUUGCAGGAUCAUGCCAGAAAUACUAGGGAAAGUCGGAAAAGGCCAAUGAGACUAUUGGUAGCUUUGGAUGUUAACAAUAAUAUAACUAAUGGGGAAUUAUUUUGGGAUGACGGAGUUUCAAUUGAUACUUAUGAAAAUGGAAAUUAUUACAAGGCAGAAUUUGAAUUUAAAGAGGUAUAG